AUGGAAAGCAGUGAUCCAGCCUCUCAUAAUGAUCUAAAAGUCGCACCACCUCCCGUAGUCGAGCAACUCGCUCUGGACGAUAAAGGGCUAGAAAAAGAUCACAUUGUGGCACCAGAUCAACUCGAUGAAAGAUAUCGCACUACUAAAUGGGAGAUUUGGGCCUAUUACGCUUACUAUAUCGGGAACAACGGACUGUCUCUAUUCAAUUUUGCCCCAACGGCUUUCCAAAAUCUCCUCUACCAAGCGGCCGGAGACAGUGACAGUCUAUUAUUCGUUGGAAGACCUCGAUCCAUCAACAGCAUCGUGCUCCUAUGCAAUGGAAUUUCAUUUGCAAUCCAAAUCGUGGUUUUCCUAAUCAUCGGCAGCUUCGCUGAUAUAGGGAACUGGAGACCUAACAUUCUCAUCGUACUAUCUAUCAUCGCUUAUGCCCUUGGGUUUGCCUGGUUGGGCGUUCACACAGAAGAUAAAUGGCAUAUAGGUGCUGGGCUCUACAUAGUUGGGCUAAUCGCCUAUCAGACUACAUUGACUUUCUGGACUGCUGCGUUCCCGGGACUUGCGCGCAACACGGCUGAAAUGAAAGGCCAUGCUGAUGAUCUCGUUGGAGGGAAGAUUUCUCGUGAAGAGUACGAUUUCGCUGAUACGAUGAAGAGGAGUCAGUUGGCCAAUGUGGCAUUUUAUAUUCAGUCGCUUGCGGAAAUUGUGAUUCUUGCUAUUAUUGUUGGGAUCAUGUUUGGGAUCGAUGUUAAUGCUAGUGAGGCGAAUAAUAAUUGGGGACAGAGUGUGCUGAUUGCAUUCGCGAGUGGUGUUUGGUUGCUUGUCUCGUUGCCAUGGUUCUUUUUAGAGAAGAGACGGCCUGGUCUGGAUCCAGGGAAACGGAAUAUCAUUCUGAUGGGCUUGUCCCAGUUUUCAUAUGCUCUGCGUCAGGUGUGGAAAUUGAAGCAGAGUCUGCUAUAUCUUAUUGGUUAUUUCUUGCUGGGUGAUUCCUUGAACACCACGGUCACCGUGAUUGCCACUUUGCAGAACGGCAUAGUAGCAUACAAUACCUUGCAGUUGACAUAUCUCCUGAUUGUGGGGAUUACAUCCCAGGCAGUUGGUAUUUACGCGUUCUGGUCAAUUCAACAACGAUAUAAACUCGGGACAAAAGCUAUGUUCAAUGCCAUUGCGUUUUGUAUUAUCCUUCUUGAUGGCUGGGGCAUGAUAGGCAUUUGGACUAGCAAAUUUGGCUUCCAUCAUAUUUGGGAGGUUUGGAUCUACCAAGUCUUCUAUGGUCUCUUUGUCUGCCCCUGGUACAGUUAUUCGCAAAUCAUGAUCUCUGAAGUGACACCUCGUGGCCAUGAAUUCCUUUUCUUCAGCCUAUUCAGCAUUGUCGGGAAAACAUCCUCAUUCAUUGGGCCAAUCGUCUCCAGCGCUAUUAUUGACUCCACGCCUUCUAAAAACGCAUCAACACCAUUUUACUUCCUGUUCGUAUUGAGCCUGUUCAGCUUCGGGAUCUUAUUCGUCGGCGUGGAUCUGAAGAAGAGUCGAUUAGAGCAGGAGCAAUUCUUGGAGGAAAAACGAAAGUUGAAGGGAGAUGUUUCAUCCGCAUUGUAA